UCACGGCGCUCAACUUCAAAAGUCCUGCGGCCGUUCGCCCAUUUCGCUGGCUGCAUCAGCCAGAGGACCACCCCGACGAACGAUACUUGCGAUAGCGCCAGCGUAACAAAAUACCUCCCGAGAUGGCAGGCGACAACACUGUCGGCGCGCUCACGGCCAAGCUGCCUGCGUGGCUCACCGACUACGUCAAAGACGAUCAACUCGCACUAGUGGCGCUUGUCUCCACAGCUAUUCUUAUUGUCCUGACAUUCUACUUCCUAUUCAAAAAGACACGAGGACCGACGCGGGACACGGUGUUGAUAGCGGGCGUAUCUGGCGCGGGAAAGACGGUCUUGUACACACAACUACGAUAUGGGAAGACAGUUGAGACGCAUACGUCUAUGGAAAAGAAUGAAGGGCGAUUCGUCCCGUUUGGGUAUGCCAGGAAGGACGCCCGCCCAAUCCACAUCGUCGACCUCCCAGGCCACGAAAAGCUGCGAUACCAGUAUACAGAGCACGCCAGUUUGACCGGCAGAGUCAUCUUUGUGAUAGACAGCACGACGAUCGCGAGGGAGAUCCGAUCAGUGGCCGAGUACCUUUAUGACAUUCUCGCGAAUCGGUUUACGCAACAUCACGAAAUCCCGAUCCUGAUGGUGUGCAAUAAGAGCGAUUUGUUGAUGGCGUUGAAGCCGGAGAGGAUUCAGGCGCUUUUGGAGGCUGAGAUCGACCGAUUGCGCGCAACAAGAGCAGCCGAAGUACAGAGCCAGGGCGAUGAGAACGAUCAUGACCACGAACAUAUCGGUCGGGAAAACGAGGCGUUCAAAUUCGAGCACCUACCAAACCCGAUCUCGUGGGAGGCCUGCAGCCUCAUUGUCGACGGGGUGGCACAGGAGGGUGGCCCACAAGCCGUGCAGGCUUUCCUUAGGCAGCUCGUUAGGUAGUGGAUCUGGUUAGGGGAGUCUUUCAUGAAGUAGGCCAACGAUGCGCAUGUGAUUGCGGGCACGCUUCAGUCAGAUCUUGAUUACGCCGUAAGCAUACGCGCAUAU